AUGGAAGGUUCCACAAAGAACCACGUUCUUGUCACGUCGUCUUCAAGCAUCAGUUCAGAUUUUGGUGCCUUCCGAAGUGCGUGCCCAUUGAAAAAGUUCGCUCAACCCCAUACUCAUCUUGAAUGGUCCUACUUUGAGGCAGGACCAACUGAUGGAAACACUCUAGUGUUUUUGCAUGGCACAAGCAGCACCGCUGCGGCAUUUUUUUAUCAGGUGAUGUCACUGGGCGAAAAGGGCUACCAUGUCAUCAGUGCGCAGUACCCCGCCUUCUCCACCCCUGCAGAGUGGUGCAAGGGCUUUGACCGAUUUCUGGAUGCCAUGAAGUGCCGGGCUGUGCACAUCAUUGGAGCUGGACUUGGUGGUUUUCUGGCCCAACACUUUGCAGCCAAGUAUUCUCCACGUGUGAGGUCGCUGGUGCUAUGCAACUCAUUUGCCUCUACUUAUGCUUUCGAGUCACGAGCUGGUACGUGGGCAAGCCUGAUCCCGGUCAUGCCCUCUGCUUUCUUGCGGCAGGCUAUGCAGGAUACGCUCCCACAGGGUGGCUUUAUGGAGCUCAGUGCCAAGCAAGCCAUCGACUGGGUCGGUUUGCAGAUGAACGACCUGAGUGGGGAUGAUUUGGCCAGCAGGCUGAGCCUGAACUGCAGUGGCUGUCAAGUUGCACCCCUGCCACUGGAGAACAACAAGAUCACCAUCUUGGAGUCCAACGGUGAGACAAUGGUGCCGGAUGAACUUCGACGACAACUGAAGCUGAUGUAUCAGGGUGCCUGCUUCGCAGAACUCAAGUCGCGGGGAGAUUUCCCGUAUUUGUCUCGGCCUGAAGAGGUCACUCUUUUCAUAGAGGUGCACAUGCGCCGUUGUAGUCCUACCGAGCCGGCAACAGCAGGCUACGGAGGGAGCCCAGAGUUGUGGUCGGAUCAAGAUGUGCUGGCGACACAUGUUGAAGUUCCAGCUCGACGGGAGGUCUGGAAAAAUCCCUUCGAGGAGAACGGGAACGUGCUAGGACAUUUGAGCAGUUCACACGAACCCUGUAUGGGCUAUGGCUACCAAGCGUGGCAACCUGACUGGGAUCGUGAUCCGAGCGCCUGGGACUAUGGCCACGUCAGCCAUGGCCAUGGCACUUGGGAAGGGCCCAUGCCUUGCUCAGCUGCUGAGUUGGUUGAUGGCGAUUGCUUGUUGGGUUCAGUGGACUUCGUAGAUUUUCCCGAGCUCGGUGCUUAUUUUGCCUGCUCCAGACGUUUGUCCCGUCACGCUGCCGCAGCUUGGGAUGCUCGUUCCUGGAGGAUGCAGAGCUUGGAAGCACGGAUCCCGGAACACGUCAAAUGGCGCCCUGCAGCAGAUCCCGAGUUGAACCAACUUCAGCCCGGCAGUCUCCAAGGCUCUCGUAGAGCUUGUGCCACUUGGAGACUGGCUAGAGGACUUCAGCUCUAUGAGCAAAAACGAUUUAAAGAUGCCGAAGAUGAACUUCGCGCUUUGCUGGUCAUUUUGCCCGGCAGACCUUUUGCAAUGUGCCGCCUGGCAGACACUCUCUAUGGCCGAGCCGUUUCAUUGAAUGCUGCGGUGCCAAGUCAGCCUACCUCCAGAAGUUCUACACCUGCCAGUGCAGGUGAAGCUUGGGUAGAUGAACGAAUGGAUCACGACCAGGGAGCUGGCGAUGGAGAUGAAGCUGGAGAAGGCGAAGGUGAUGAAGGUGAACCCCCCAUGCCUUACUCUCGCUCUCCUUUGUCUCCUGCACCACCUCGUUUGGAAGGUCAGGCUUCGAUGCAAAGUUUGUCAGUCUCAGAAAGUUCCAUUGCAGCCCCCGAGCCACAAACGAGUACCCUGACCGCCACUGCCGCUGUGGCUCGGUGGCAGGAAGAGGUGGAGCCUCUGGUGGAGCCUCCAGUGCCCGCGGCCGUGGCCACCGCGGCCACCGUGGCCACCGCGGCCGUCCCCACCGUGGCUCUGCCCAUGGAACCGAUGGAACCGGUGGUGGCGGAUCGCGACCAUACCAGCUCCACUGCUUCGUCCUCGCGUACGCCUCAGCCACAAACGCCUCUACCGUGGACGACAUGGACACCACCACUGGAGGUUGAUGAAGGACCUGAAACGCAGGAGACAGCUGACCAGGAUACCUUGCGGGCCAGGGCCAGCAGUUUCGAAGAAGACGAGCCGCCUGAACCAUCUGAACCGAGGCAUGCAGAUGUUGAGGAGGCGCGAGAAAGCACCUCCAAAAUUGAAGCACUGCGAGAGAGGCUUCUCUCUGAGGCAAAGGACCUCUAUGAGCAAGCUUUCCGAGAUUGUCCUGAUUGCUCAUAUGCAGUGAAUGGCUUGACUCUGUUCGUGAAUCAAAGAUCCUUGAAGAUCGAGCUGUUGGAACGUGCCAUUGAACUGGAUGAUGAGAAUCCAUAUGCGUUGGCGAAUCUGGGUGGUGAGUUGUUUGGAGUAGACGAUCAUCGGGCACUUCAGCUUUUAGAGAAGGCAUUACAGAUCAACCCGCGACUCUUCUAUGCACGCCUUUGCAAGAGCAAGGUGCUUUUACGCCUUGGCAACCUUCCUGCUGCGGUGGAAGCAGCACGAUCGCAGCUUGAGUGGCAACCGCAUGAUGAGUCACCCCGCCCCGGUUUGAAAACCGCAGAAAUGACCCAGCGAUCGCCCAGCCAGGAUGGCGGCUCGCUUCCUUUCACAACUGGAAUUUCGGUUGGAUGUAGUGCGCAGGAGGAUGCUGAUAGUGUGACAGGAACCAGCGCUGAGCCAAGCGGCCUCAAUCCGUUCUGA